AUGGAGCACUCUCUGGGCGCUCUCUUGGCACAAAAUGAUGAUGCCGGCCAUGAACAGGACAUCUACUACCUGAGUAGAACUCUACAGGGCACCGAACGGCGAUACCUUAUGGUCGAAAAGGAAUGCUUAGCCCUGUACGACAUUCACUUCAUGCCGCAGAAGUCAGUCAAAGGGCAGGCUAUCUGUGAUCUCAUGGCCAGUUAUCCGCUGGCGGUGAAAACUGACCUGUUUGAAGAUUUACCAGAUGAACACCCCAAAGUCAACACGACCUCCCCGGUAGAAGCUUGGCAGAUGUUCUUUGACGGCACGUCUCGCGUCGGCACGAGUGGAUCUAUCGUUGUAGGAGUUGGGGUGGUCCUUACUUCCCUACCUAACCACGUAUUACCCCGAGCCUUUUCUUUAACAGAGCCAUGUACCAAUAACUUGGCUGAGUAUAAUGCGCUACUCAUUGGACUCGAGCUGGCAAGAGAGUUAGAGAUAAAACAUCUCGAGGCCUAUGGCGACUCUCAGCUCAUUGUCAAGCAGAUGACGGGGGAAUAUGAAGUUAGAAACGACGACCUGAUCCUACUUCACAAAGCAGCUACCAAACUAGUUGAGUCAUUCGAAAGCUUCCACAUUGAGCAUGUGCUUCGUUCCAAGAACACGCACACGGACGCCCUCGCGUCCUUAGCAGCUAACUUGGCUCAGCCGUCAGAGACGACUCAAUGUGUCACUAUAGCAAGCCGAUGA